AUGACAAUUGUAUUAACUGAUGCUCACUUUGAAAUCGCUUUGUCUAAUGGGGACGAUGCAAAAGCUCUGGGCCAUCUGAAUAAGGCAUCUAUUCUUCUUAUCGAUGACGUUUCGAUACUGGAAUCCAAGGAUUCAACAUCGUCUACUCGACGACGUAGCUCAAACGCCCCCUCUCCGCAAGUGGUAGAGUUAUGUCAACGGGGAUAUGUUGAUAUCUGCUAUAUUUCUUCGGCAAGGGUCGCGAUUCAAGUCGGCGCCAACCAGAAAGAUGGAAAUAAAUGGGUUGACGUUGAAUUACGAGAUGAUCUUCUUGUCCUUGAGACAUGCGCAGACUCUACCCAAACUCUGAUUGCUCUUGCUAAUGCACUGGCCCCUCCGACACCCCCCAGCAAAGAGAAAUAUAAAACAAAAGUUGUACCCGUCGAAGAUUUACUCGCUUCUAUAUCUGCCGAUGCGUUUGGUAAGGCCGAAGGCGACUAUGAUUUCGACAAAGACUUUGGAUUAGCUCAAGAACUUGACGAAACUGAUAGCGAUUUUGGCUUUGGAGAUUCCGGCCAGUCAAGUCCUCUCGCUGUCGACUCGCGCUUUUAUGAUGAGUCUUCAGUUGAGGCCAAGCUUUUUGAGGCAACAGGCUCCAUGAUCUCGGAUGGGAUGGGAACACAAGAUACAACCGACGGUGUUCUACUCACAAAUUUCAGCAGCCAGCCAGAUAUGAUGGAUGAUGACGAUGAUCUGGUCAUACAUGAGAACUAUUUUGGUUCAGGAUCCGUGAUACAAGGUACUGCUCAUCGUUGGAACUCGGCAAAAAAUGCAUACGACGAAACCAACGAUGAGAAGAUUCAACGUAGCCCUCUAUCCGUCCGUGUACGUGACGUCCAUGUCAUAUGGAACCUUUUUGACGGCUAUGAUUGGAACCGUACCCGUGAAGUCAUUUCAAAGGUUGUGCAUAAUAUCGAGUCUACAGCAAUCGAGCGGCAAUCGCGUCACGAUCGUGCUCGCGCGAACACCGAUAUGGAGUUAAUAGAAGAAGAAACUGAGAUCGGAGACUUUCUGUUCAACUCGAUAUACAUAGGGCAACGCUUAUCGAAUAAAAGAAAGCUCAAACUUAAUCGCAGCAAACGACAUAAGAUCACCUUCGAGUUGAAGGGUAUUAACUUAGACCUAGUCACAUUCCCCCCUAGUUCUGGCGAGACGCAGAGCUCAAUUGAUGUUCGAAUCCGAGAUCUCGAUGUUUUUGACCUCGUGCCGACGUCUACCUGGAAGAAGUUCGCAACUUACGAUCAAGAUGCCGGAGAACGGGAGAUGGGUACUAGCAUGGUUCACCUGGAAAUAUUGAACGUCAAACCAGUUGCGGAUUUGGCGGCAUCUGAGAUUGUGUUGAAGGCUACAGUUCUACCACUUCGCCUCCAUGUUGACCAGGAUGCUUUAGAUUUCAUCACACGGUUUUUCGAGUUUAAGGACGAUUCUACUCCAAUUCACGCCUCGCCUAGCGAUGUUCCCUUUGUACAAAGAGCCGAGAUAAACUCGAUACCGUUAAAUCUUGAUUUUAAGCCAAAGCGUGUCGAUUACGCAGGCCUACGAUCGGGUCAUACGACUGAAUUCAUGAAUUUCCUAGUCUUAGAUCAAUCACGGAUGGUCUUAAGACAUACUAUUAUAUACGGCGUUUUAGGGUUCGAUAGACUCGGAAAGACGCUGAACGACAUAUGGAUGCCUGAUGUCAAAAGGAAUCAGCUUCCCGGCGUGCUCGCGGGACUUGCGCCUGUCCGUUCUUUAGUCAAUGUCGGGAGCGGAUUUAAAGAUCUCAUCGAGGUACCAAUCAGGGAGUACAAAAAAGACGGCAGAAUAGUCCGCAGCAUUAGCAAAGGGGCCAUGGCAUUCGCCAAGACAACAGGUACGGAGAUAGUUAAACUCGGAGCCAAGUUGGCUGUUGGUACGCAGUAUGCUCUACAAGGUGCGGAGGGUAUGCUAGUCAAGCAGCCACAGCCUCACCAAGUCGCGGGAUGGGAUGACGAAGAAGCAGAUGCGGAAGAACCCAAACAGAUUAGCCUCUAUGCCGAUCAACCGACAGGGGUUCUCCAAGGAAUGAGAGGCGCAUAUGCAAGUCUAAGACGCGAUCUCAAUAUGACGAGAGAUGCAAUUAUAGCAGUCCCCGCCGAGGUGAUGGAGAGCCAAAGCGCUCAAGGAGCGGCUAAGGCCAUUCUCAGACGAGCGCCAACAAUCGUUUUUAGACCCCUUAUCGGUUCAAGUAAGGCAAUCGGGCAGACUCUUAUGGGAGCUACGAAUGCAUUGGACCCUCAGAAUAGGAGAAGGGUAGAGGAGAAAUACAAACGGUGA